GCGCUGCCUCGGGAGGGCGGCGGCAGCAGUGAAGGAGGAGGAGGAGGCGGCGCCCCCGGCCGCUGCUGCGGGGAGACCCAGCAGGGUGGGCGCCGCGGGACGCUGCCCCUCGCCUGGUUCCGCGGCGGGGAGAAGGACGAGCGAGGGACAAAGGACGAGCGGCGGGCCUCGGGGAGGCGGCGGCGGCGGUUGCAAGCCGGCGCCAUGGGGGAGAGACUACGAGGCCAAGCCGGCGUCUCUUCUUCGGCGGCGGCGGCGGCGGCUCCCCCCACCUGCUCGCUGCACAACGGGCUGCCGCUGCACAACGGCUUCCACCCUCUGGCCGGCAAUGGCGAGGCUUCCCACCCGUUGCAUUUUCGCGCCGACCUGCCGCUCUCCAGCCACGAGUCGUCGGCGAAGAAAAGCAGGGCGCGGCGGAGGAUGGAUUCGGGCAGAAAGAACAGGCCGCCAUUCCCAUGGUUUGGCAUGGACAUUGGUGGGACCCUUGUUAAACUGGUAUACUUUGAGCCAAAAGACAUUACCGCUGAGGAAGAGCAGGAAGAAGUGGAAAACCUCAAAAGCAUCAGGAAGUAUCUGACUUCCAACACCGCCUACGGUAAAACAGGGAUCCGAGAUGUCCACCUGGAACUGAAAAACUUGACUAUGUGCGGACGUAAAGGGAAUCUCCAUUUCAUCCGUUUCCCAAGCUGUGCUAUGCACAGAUUCAUACAGAUGGGCAGCGAAAAAAACUUUUCAAGCUUGCAUACCACGCUUUGCGCCACUGGAGGGGGAGCCUACAAGUUUGAGGAAGAUUUCCGAAUGAUUGCUGACCUCCAGCUUCAUAAGCUAGAUGAGUUGGACUGCCUGAUCCAAGGUCUUCUGUAUGUGGAUUCUGUCGGCUUCAAUGGCCAGCCGGAAUGCUAUUAUUUUGAAAACCCCUCAGCCCCUGAGCGUUGUCAGAAAAAGCCUUACCGCCUUGAUAACCCCUUUCCUAUGUUGCUAGUGAACAUUGGCUCUGGAGUCAGCAUCUUAGCAGUGUAUUCCAAAGACAACUAUAAAAGAGUUACAGGGACCAGUCUUGGUGGUGGUACAUUCCUGGGUCUGUGUUGUUUGCUGACUGGCUGUGAGACCUUUGAGGAAGCUCUAGAAAUGGCAGCUAAAGGAGACAGCACCAAUGUUGAUAAGCUGGUGAAGGAUAUUUAUGGAGGAGACUAUGAACGGUUUGGUCUUCAAGGAUCUGCUGUUGCAUCAAGUUUCGGCAACAUGAUGAGCAAAGAAAAGCGAGAGACAAUCAGCAAAGAGGAUCUGGCAAGAGCAACGUUAGUCACCAUCACCAAUAACAUUGGCUCCAUUGCUCGGAUGUGCGCCUUGAAUGAGAAUAUUGAUCGAGUGGUGUUUGUAGGCAACUUCCUGAGAAUCAACACAGUUGCUAUGAAGGUGCUAGCCUAUGCCAUGGACUAUUGGUCAAAGGGACAACUCAAAGCUCUUUUUUUGGAACAUGAGGGUUAUUUUGGUGCUGUGGGGGCGCUUCUAGAACUGCUCAAAAUGACUGAUGAUAAAUGAGGAACCUUCUAGAAGCUAAAGGAGCCGUCAAAGCUGCUUGAAGGAUGACAGCUGCUAGGAAGAUGGGAAAGAAGCCAUGAUGGCUGUUCUACCUGCUGGAUUUAUAAAUACUGUAAUAAUUUAAACUUAUUUUAGCUGAUCUUUUAAAUUUAGGGAUGGACGUUAACUUCAGACUUUGUACCAGGCAUUUUUAUGGGGGUACAACAUUUUUAAGAUAAAUGUGCAGUGUGGCCAAUUUUUAUGGAUUGUGUCUAAAAAAUAGGCAUCUUGUAGAAAAAGGACCUAAAUUAUAAGAUACUGGUAUAUUAUUGUUAUUUUCUUCUGGGGUUUACUGAUCUAGUGUGAUAAUGAUUCGUUUAGUAAUCACUCUAGGAGAUUUUUUUUAAAUCUUUCAUGACGUUUCAUGAUCGCUGUUGGUUUCAAAUGAAACUGCAAAGCUGGCAUAUAGUGUGAACACUAAAAUAAUGAAUAUUGCUGCCUUCAUUCUGUUAAACUAUGCUCAUUUCCUUCAUAAAGUACUGCCUUUGUUUAGCUGUUCAUGUCAGCAGUAGUAAAUAGUACUUUUAGAUGUGUCAUCAAAUCUACUGAAAAGAAAGAUAAUACCUCAAUUUACACCUUAUGAAAACUCAUAUAUUCAGUACUUAUUCACUGUAGUUUGAAAAUCCUUAUUUCUGGUUCUCUUAGCCAAACACAUGUGAUUAUUGAAUAAAAGAAAGGCCAGAGAUGAUUGGAAGGGCAGUAAAUGACACAUGUGUGAUGUCACACAAAUUAUGCAACUUAUGCAAAUGCAUCAUGAUGUCGUUGCAUAAGCCCUUCAUUGGUACAGUGACUUCAAGACCCAUCUGUCUUCCUUUUGAUGUCAUUGCAACUUGUAAUGGAUGCUUCUGGAUGAGGUAUUAAACAUGUUGUGUCAUUGAAUGAUCUUUCUGCAGUGGAUAAAAUGCCUCUGGAUUGCAUAUUCAAAUUACUGUCUUUGUAAUUUUUUUUAUUGCAAAAGAAAAAGAAAGAAAAAAUAAAUUACUAUGGUAUACUGUAACAGUCCAGAAAUAGGCUUACUUCAUCUUCACUUGUGAAAAGUCAACUCUGAAGGACAGUAAUUUUUAUGGUAAAUACACACAUUGGAAGACUUGUUAUGCUAUAUUUUUAAUAUAUUUAAAAUGUCAGACAUGUCAUUUUUUUUUGUCCAUUGUUAAAAAGCCACAUUGAAAUUAGCCAAUGAUUGGUUGUAUUAAAAUUAUAAACACAGUGUUAUUUACUGUAUUAAUCUCUAUUUUUUAUUCUGCUUUCAAAUUCUACAGGGGCCAUUAAGGGAAAAUAUAGUUUUAUUGAGUAAGUAUCCUCUAGUAAAUUGGAUUGUUUAAAAUAGAUAUUUGAUUUCUUUACCUUGAAACUUUCAAUACAUUAACAUACAUUGGCUUAUCUGGCUGGAAUAAAAGUACAUUAUUACUGUGA